CGCCGAGAAAAAACAGUCCAUACUUUCGUCCCCAUCUUCCCGAGAAGCUCCGGCCGGCGUCCCACCCCUUCGCCGCCGUCGAUCCGCGGACCCGGUGGCCGUCAUGCGCGACCCGUCGGAGAUCCGCAGCCUCCCCAUCGACAUCGCCUUCGCCCGCCUGCAGGAGUGGCUGGUCGACCGCAAGCGGGUGCCGCAGGACUGGAGGAAGCGCCUCGCCGCCAUCCGCGCCCGGCUCGCCGCCGCCUUCUCCUCCCUCCCGCGGGACCUCCACCCCUACCUCCAAACCCUCGAGCUCGAAGAAAUUGGGUACCUUGAAGCCAAGAAGAUAUGCAGCAUACUCCUGGAAUCCAAUACGGAUAGCAGGAAUAUUUUUGGCCGCCUGACAGGCUCUGCGGGCGAAUGGGAGUCGAUAGUUAAAGCUUAUGAGAAGGACCAUGUUUUCCUUGGAGAGGCAGCUCAGAUCAUGGUCCAGAAUGUGAACUAUGACAUACCAUAUCAGAGGAAACAGAUGCAGAAGACUCAGCAGCAGCUUGCAGAACUAGACCGCAGGGAGGCUGACAUUAAGCGGCUUGCUGCUCUUUCAGCAACUAGGUAUGCUGAAGCUUGCCAGGAGCUCGGUUUGCAGGGAAUAGAUGUGCGGCAAGAACUGAUAGAGUCUGCAAAAACACUUCCAUCAACAUUUAGCAAAAUCUUGGAAGUUCUUAACAGUGAUACUGUCUCACAGGCCAUGGAGUACUAUACAACAUUUGUCAGGGACUGUCAUACGGAGGAUAAGGAGAACUACAAGUCUGUGGUACACAAUCUGAAACAGUUGCAAGCUAAUCCUCCUUCCCUGAAUGUGUCAGUAUGUAAAGAGGUGCAGAAUUCACUUGGAGAUACAUCAAAAGCUCAUGGGUCUUGUAUGGACGGAGGAGAACCCAUCGACUCUAAUGUUCCUGCAGAUGAUAUUGAUUGGGACAUUUCAGUGGAUAAUAAUGGUAUUGACUGGGACAUUGGUGCGGUGGAACAACCUGUGGAAGAAUCUGGCAAUGGUUUUGGGUCUUAUGAAAUUAUUGAUGCCAAUAUAGAGUUGGCAGGCUCUGAAAAUUAUGGUGUUGGUGCUUCAGCCUAUCCAUCUGCAGACAAAGAAGGCCUUACGUGUGAUACAUCCGAGAAUCAGAUUUGCUGGGACAUCUCUACUGAUAAUCCCGAAGAAAGUGCUACAAUUGAGAAUGCUCCAACUGAAUCAGGACAAUAUGAAUGUUCAACUGAAGAAAGAAGUCAGUUGCUGGAGAAGGAAUAUAGAAAUAAUAUUCUGGAUGAUUUACUUGAGGUGAAAUCAUUUUUGACCCUACGCCUAGCGGAGAUGAGAAAUGCUGAUACAUCAUCUCUACAGCAUCAGGUCCAAGCCGUCUCACCUUUCGUUCUCCAACAGUAUGCUCCUGAUCGUUUGGAGAAUAUGCUUGUAGAGGUUUCCUCAGCAAUCUCUCUGCUCACUAACCAGAAAACUCUUGACCUUAUAAUGAUCCUCAACUCUAAAAGAUUUUUGGACAGAUUGGUGUCAACCUUAGAAGAAAAGAAACAUCAUGAGGUGAAGCUACGAGAAGGCUUAGGUGAUUUGUCAGUGAAGCGCAUGGAGCUGCAGAAUGCACUAUCGUCAUCCUGGCCGAAGCAAGAGGCAGCGAUUACAAAAACGAGGGAACUAAAGAAGCUCUGUGAGGCAACACUUUCAUCUAUGUUCGAUAGCAGGCCAGUGCAUAUAAUUGGAGAGAUUAAUAAUUUACUGAGUUCAAGUGGUAGUCAAUUAGCUGGAUGAUUGAUUGACUGUACCUUCGUCCCUGAACCAAAAUAAAUGAUAUGUAAAGCAGGUUGAUUAUCUUACAGUAUAUACUUUUCCAACCUA